AUGGUCGUAUCCUCGCUCUAUCCUCCAAUCUCCAUCCCGCCUGUGGAUUUGUGGACAUUCCUGUUCGAACGCAAAGACCGGCCCUUCCCUGAUGACAAGAUUCUCUACCAGGAUGCCGAGACCCAGCGCCACUACACCUACUCCAGCUUAAAAGAUGCCUCGCUGGAGUUCGGCAAAGGCCUGAGGGCCACUUACGACUGGAAAAAGGGCGAUGUCCUGGCCCUGUUCACACCCAAUAGCAUCGACACCCCCGUGCUGAUGUGGGGAACCCUCUGGGCUGGCGGAGUGAUAUCUCCUGCCAAUCCAGCAUACACGGCUGACGAACUGGCAUUUCAGCUGAAGACCUCCGGCGCGAAGGUCCUUGCAACCCAGGCGUCUGUGCUGUCUACUGCCAAAGAGGCCGCAAAGAAAGUUGGCAUCCCGGAAGACCACAUCAUCCUCCUCGGUGAUGAGCGUGACCCCACUGCUCGCCACAAGCAUUUUUCUAGUGUGCUUAACAUAUCCCGGGCUACUCGGUAUCGCAAGGCCAAGGUUGCCCACGAGGACGUCGCCUUUCUGGUUUUCUCAUCAGGAACCACCGGUGUUCCCAAGGGAGUCAUGCUAAGUCACCGCAACAUAAUAGCCAAUAUCCUGCAGCAGGUUACCGGUGAGGGAGGCAAGUUGAGCUGGAACGGGGGCCCAGAUGGCAAGGGUGAUCGGCUUUUGGCGUUCUUGCCUUUCUAUCACAUCUACGGCUUGACGUGUCUCCUCACCCAGACACUGUACAAGGGCUACCAGCUGGUGGUAAUGGACAAAUUCGACAUUGAGAAGUGGUGCGCGCAUGUCGAAAAGUAUCGAAUUACCUUCAGCUAUAUCGUCCCUCCAGUCGUUCUUUUGCUGGGAAAACACCCGGCAAUUGACAAGUACGACCUGUCUAGCUUGCGGUUGAUGAACUCUGGGGCGGCUCCACUCACUCGGGAGUUGGUCGAGGCCGUGUACUCGCGCAUCAAGGUCGGCAUCAAACAGGGCUACGGGCUCAGUGAGACUAGCCCGACGACGCACACGCAGCCGUGGGAGGAGUGGCGCGACUCAAUCGGCUCCGUCGGCCGACUCAUGCCCAGCAUGGAGGCCAAGUACAUGACCAUGCCUGAAGAUGGUUCGGAGCCGCGCGAAGUUUCCGCUCCUGAGGUCGGCGAGCUCUACCUACGAGGCCCCAACAUUUUCCUGGGAUAUCAUAACAAUCCUGCCGCAACGAAGGAGUGCCUGUCAGACGAUGGCUGGUUCCGUACCGGAGAUGUCGGGUACCAGGAUGCCAAGGGCAACUUCUACAUCACAGAUCGUGUCAAGGAGCUGAUCAAGUAUAAGGGAUUUCAAGUCCCACCCGCCGAGCUGGAAGGAAUCCUCGUCGACCAUGAGGCCAUCGACGAUGUUGCUGUCAUCGGCGUGCAGAGUGACAGCCACGGGUCGGAGGUUCCCAUGGCGUGUGUCGUCCGCAGCGCAAAGAGCAAGUCCUCUGGCGCCAGCGCCGAAGAUGAAGCUGCCAAGAUCAUCAAGUGGUUGGAGGGCAAGGUUGCGCCGCACAAGCGUCUGCGUGGCGGCUUGCGCUGGGUGGAAUCUAUCCCCAAGAACCCAAGCGGUAAAAUUUUGAGGAGGAAAUUGAAGGAGCAGUUCAAGGACCCAGCUCCUAAGGCCAAGCUGUGA